AUGGACAAAAGUUGGAUGGAGAAGAGGAGGGGUACAAGGGAAUAUUUUGAAGGUGUAAACCAAUUCAUGGAAUUUGCCUCUCCAUCCAUGCACGAUGGGAAGAUCUUAUGUCCAUGUGUGAAAUGUGUGAAUUUGCUUAUACAAUUGCUAAAUGUGGCACGUGAUCAUUGUUGGUCUUCGGGGAUGCUUAAAAAUUACAAAGUUUGGAAAUUUCAUGGUGAAUCGGCGGCUGCUACGCCGGCUACCGAAUGUGGGAGCUCUCAUGUGCAUGAAACCCGAAAUCUAUAUGGUGAUUUUUGUGGGAUGUUGCACGAUUUGUGCCCCCCGCAUGAAAUGCCACCCGAACCAAUGGAAGAAGGUCCAAUUGCGCAACAUCCGGCUGAAGGUUCGAAUGAUGACACCAAGAAGUUUUACAAGAUGAUAGAUGAUUUGAAGACUCUGUAUGGUUGGACAAAUAAGGCAUUUACUCUGUUGCUUGAAGUCCUGAUGGAUAUGCUUCCUUUAGACGCUAAGUUGCCAAAGGACCAUUAUGAGGCUAAGAAGAUAAUUCGAGAUUUGGGUUUGGGUUAUGAGAAGAUCCAUGCUUGUCCCAAUGAUUGUAUGCUAUUUUGGAAGCAAAAUGUUAACCUCGAGGCGUGUCCUUGUUGUAAAGCUUCAAGGUGGAAAAAAAAUGAGGCAUCUGUUGCUAGUAAGCAUGCUUUAUCCAAUAAGGGGAAGAAGAAAGCUGCGAAGAUCCUACGGUGGUUCCCCUUAAAGCCAAGAUUGCAGCAACUAUUUCUUUCACCCGAUCUGGCUAGUUCUAUGAAAUGGCAUGUUAAUGGUCGUACUGAUGAUGGGGUAAUGCGGCAUCCUGCUGACUUAGAUGCAUGGAAAAUGUUUGACAGUAAGCAUUUACACUUCUCAUCUGACCCUCGUAAUGUCAGACUUGGAUUAGCUGCGGAUGGAUUCAACCCCUUUGGAAUUAUGAGUACUAGUCACAGUACGUGGCUUAUCAUGUUGGUCCCCUACAAUCUCCCACCUUGGCUGUGCAUGAAACGGUCAUCUUUGUCAUUAGUUAUUCCUAGUCCUACCUCGCCAAGGAUUGCUAUAGAUGUGUACUUGGAACUAUUAGUAGAAGAACUAAGGGAGUUAUGUGAUGUUGGAGUACAAGCAUACGAUGCAUCUUCAAAAGAAGUAUUUCAAUUGCAUGCAGCAUUGAUGUAG